UGAUGAAAGUUAUUCAGGUCCAGGUACUGCUGUGGCCGAACAACGUGACGAAGCCUCCGAAGAUAUUAGCCUACUUCCAAAGGACGAAUUGUGCCCCAAUUGUGGGACGAGACAGUGGCAGCAGAGAAUCAUUGGCGGACAAGAGUCACAACGAGGAGAGUGGCCUUGGAUGGCGUUCCUCAACAUCACCACAGAAGACCAACACAUCCGUUUCAGCUGUGGCGGGAGCAUCUUAUCGAGAGACACCAUUAUUUCUGCCGCCCACUGUUUCUCUUCUUAUACUGUGGGACCACUGUCAUCAGUUGAUGCGGUAGUAGGCGUAUCAGACAUUUUUUCUCACUCAGCUUCAGUUCAUUCUGUAUCACAAAUCAAAAUUCAUGAAAACUUCUCGAGCAGCACACUUGAGAACGAUAUUGCCAUCUUGACACUAGCAGCCCCAUUAACGUUCAAUGCCUACGUUCAACCAGUGUGCCUUGGAACUGAUGCUAUGAUAUUCCCAAAGAGAAAAAUAGAAACUAUGGGAUGGGGCUUUGAUGGUUCUGAAGGAGAUAUGCCAGAUAAACUGCAACACGUAACUUUGGAUAUCUACAAUCCAGAAACUUGCAAAAAUGUAUACAGUGAAUAUGUUCAGGACAAAAACUUCUGCACUCUAACCCCUGGAAAGGAUGCCUGUAUUGGUGACAGUGGAGGACCUAUGGUGGUGGAGAAGGAAAACAAGUGGUACCAGUUGGGCAUAAUCAGUUUUGGAGAAGGUUGUGCUGCUCCAGACAAACCGAAUGUUGCUGCUAGUAUUCCAUACUUCAAGAGUUGGAUAUUUGACAAUAUGGUCAAAAUUCAGUGCUAGACUGUGGACAAGAGGACAAUGCAAUACCUUAUUUUUCAGAUUCUGUAACUACUCUAUCAUUUUUCUGUAAAAUUUUAAAACUAAUUUACAAAUUGUGCUUGAAAAUGGUGAGUAGCACUUUUGGAAAAUACAUAUCAUCCAAAUUGAAAA